ACUGCGCGAAUGUCAUCACAGUGUUCGCAAUGCAACCUCUGUGUGACCGGUGUGACCUCACCUCAGUAGCAUUAAAAAAGUCAAACACGACCGUCGACCAUCAUAUCAAUUGAAUUUUAAGUAUAAGAACGUGUUUGAAGUCAAUUUAAUAUCGAAUAUCAAAUCACCUAAAAAAAUCAGAUUUUUAACACUUUGAGCAUAUUUAGAAGUUAACAUCCAUCGUGUCCAGUCGACCAAAUCCAGUCAAUUGAGUGAUUUGAAUGUUACCAUGGCCGACAAUUUGUGGAAAAAGGAAUCAAAUGAAACGAGCGCAUUGUAUGUGGACAUAUUUGCGAAUAAAUCGGAUCUGGAAUUCUGUGCGCAAAACUAUGCAGAAAUCCACCGGCGUUUCGGUGCCUCAAGACAGAAAAAAUGUAACCGAAUAUCACUUGCUCAUCGUAAGACCGGAAAUUCAUUAUUCGCUGAAGCAAAGUGGGUGGCUGCUAUUGAACAAUACAACAAUAGUUUGCGAUUCGCAGAGACAGGAUCGCCAAAUAUUAGUUUAGCUUUGGCAAAUCGCUCGGCAUGUUUUUUUCACCUUAAAAUGUAUGAAGAAUGUCUCAAAGAUAUUACAUCGGCCAAGCAGACUCAAUACCCGGAAAACUUGAUGUUUAAAUUGGAACAACGUGAGCGUGACUGUUUGAACAACAUCGGAGAAAUAAUUGCAGGACCAUUUGAUAACAUUGGACGCAAGUUGAGUUACGAUGCUGAUGAAAGCUUUCCGUGCAUGGCCAAUGUUCUACAAAUUAUGAGCGAUGACAAUGGCAAUUUUUAUACUGUUGCCAAGGAAGAUAUUGGUGUGGGUCAGACGGUUGUCAUUGAACCUGCAUUUACAUCCUACUUGUACAUGCACUACGGCCAUAAAUGUAAUAUUUGCUUGAAGGAGCGCUCGAAUCUACGGCCGUGUAAAAACUGUACAAGCGCAAUGUUUUGCUCUGAUGACUGUGAACGCCAUUAUCUACACGAGUUAGAGUGCAAUCUAAAAUUUUGCGAGCAUAGCCAGACCAAUGGACAGAUUUUGGAAGGUGUACGGUUAAUUAUUUUGAUCGUCAAUCAGUUUGCAAAUGCAAAUGAAUUGAUUGAUUUCGUUGAGCAAGUAAUGAGAGACCGAUACGAAUUGCCUACUUCCUUGGCCGACUUUAAAUCACAAUAUCGAGCAUUUCUAAAAUGUUCUACCAAUUCAGAGUUUAUAAAGUCCGACAAUUAUUUGUUGGUUACGUACUGUACGUAUACCUUCAUUAUGACUGUACCGAAAGUAAAUGAAUGGUUUCCGUCGCCAUUGCAUCGACGUUUCCUUGCACAUUUGAUUGGACAACACGUGCGGGUUUUCGAAAUGAAUUCCAUUAGAACUACUUACUUGAACGAUAAAAACACCAUGUUGGCUUAUAUGGGACUGAUGAAUCUCUUUUUUCGACAUUCUUGUGCCCCAAACAUUUUGAACUGUGAAUGCGAUGGACAUAACAGUUUUGUAACCAUUCGCCCGGUUAAAAAGGGCGAUCGAUUGCAAAUUUCAUACGUUGAUCCGCGUGCGUCCCAGGCAAAACGUCAACUGGAUUUGCAGAAUCGCUAUCAAAUCAAGUGUAAUUGCAUGCGGUGCAAUUAUUCGUCAACGACGCCUGCAUCAGAUGAACGAAAACAAAUCAGUUCGGAUCCAAAUUUCAAUGAAAUCGUGCACUUUGAUGUUGAAAACUUGUAUGUUUCCAGUGCCGAGGAGUCGCUCAAAAUCAUAGAGAAAUGUAUCACUUCGCUGGAGAAGUGCAAAGACAUUUCAUGGUGCACCGAAAUCGAACAGAUUGUAGAUGUGUUCAUCAAAGUUCUUCGCAUUCAUUUGGCAAGUCCGUUGCCGUACAGUUUUGAGGAUCUGGUCAUGGGUCAAUUAAACAUAUAGAUGGAAACAUCAAAAUCUUGAAUUUAAUAUGUAUUCUGAUUGAUUAACAUUUAAUUAUCGUUGAAGCAAAAACAUGAAAUCAACAUGUAACUUUCCACUAAGGAAAUACCAUAAAAUGAAAUAAAUUUGUCGUUUCU